AUGAUGGAAGAUCCGACGCAAUUGGUUUAUACGGAACUACCGCUAUCGAUGCUGAGUACCAGCGCGCUGCUUCGCAGCCAUCAAGUGAGAUUCCAGCCGUACCACCGAUUGCACCAACCGCAGUUUUUUCCUACGAAUAUGCGACAGCACCAACACCACCAUCAUCACGACUAUUUGGCGUUGCACCAAAGGAACUUGGAACGGCUACAACAGGACACCGACCAGGAAAUCGAGAGCGCUCUAGAUAUAACCAAACCGCACGUAUCGUGUCUUUAUCCCGAAAUCCUGACAAUUAUUUUCAGUUAUUUGGAUGUUAGAGAUAAGGGUAGAGCAGCACAGGUGUGCACCACCUGGCGAGACGCGGCUUAUAGGAAAUCGGUUUGGAGAGGGGUAGAAGCAAAACUUCAUCUGCGUAGAGCAAAUCCUUCGUUAUUUGCCUCUUUAGUUAAACGCGGAAUUAAACGAGUACAAGUUUUGUCAUUACGAAGAAGUCUUCGCGACGUCAUCCAUGGCAUACCAAAUCUAGAGUCUCUUAACUUAAGUGGCUGCUACAAUGUUGCUGACAUAGGAAUUUCGUUGGCUCUAACGACAGAAGUCGACUCGCUUACUCAAUUGAACUUGUCUUUGUGCAAACAAGUAACGGAUAAUUCUUUAAGCCGGAUAGCGCAGUACUUGAAGAACCUAGAAACUCUCGAAUUGGGUGGCUGUAGCAACAUUACAAACACUGGUUUAGUUUUAAUAGCUUGGGGCUUGAAAAAGUUAAAAAAGCUAAAUUUACGCUCCUGCUGGCACAUAAGCGAUCAAGGUAUAGGACACCUUGCUUUAGGCAACCAAUCCUUGGAACAUUUAGGCCUGCAAGACUGCCAAAGACUAUCGGAUGAAGCCUUAAAGCAUGCCACAGGCUUAACAUCACUUAAAUCCUUGAAUUUAAGCUUUUGCAUAAGCAUAACGGACAGCGGUUUGAAACACAUAGCCAAAAUGCCCAACCUUCGUGAAUUAAACUUGAGAUCUUGUGAUAAUAUUUCGGACAUUGGUAUGGCGUAUUUGGCCGAAGGCGGCACCCGGAUUACCUCUUUGGACGUGUCGUUUUGUGAUAAAAUCGGUGAUCAGGCUUUAGUGCACAUAUCUCAGGGGUUGUUCAAUCUGAAAAGUUUAUCCUUGAGUGCAUGCCAGAUCAGUGACGAGGGUUUAGGCAAAAUCAGCAGUACCCUGCACGAAUUGGAAACUUUAAACAUCGGACAGUGUUCUAGGAUAACGGAUAACGGGAUAACGACGCUGGCCGAGUCGUUAACCAGGUUGAGGUUUAUAGACCUUUACGGGUGCACCCGGAUUACUCCGGUGGGACUUAAUAUGGUGAUGAAGUUGCCCAACCUUAGCAUUAUGAAUUUGGGCUUGUGGCACGUUAGGUGA